AUGACGCAGUGGGCGCCGCCCCCGCUAGGCAGCGCGCCUCUCUGCUUCCUAACCUUGCUCCUGCUACUGAGCGCCGACUCAGCGGUGUCUCGGCAUCCGGAGCCGUACUAUGGCCGUCUGAUCGGGCGGCUGACUCAGUACGCCCACGGCAUCAGGGGCACCGUGUACGCAGUGGACGAGAGCACGAUAUUCGUGCGCGGCUUCGCUUACGACGGCACCGGACCCGACGCCUACUUCUGGGUGGGGGACACGCCCCAGCCCUCGCCAGAGGGCACCCUAGUGCCCUACCCCGAGGACUACUCUAGCAGGGACCCGCCAGUGCUGUCUGCCCACACCAACUCCGACAUCCUGCUGCGUUUGCCAGCCGGCAAGAGACUGCGCGACAUCAAAUGGAUCAGCGUCUGGUGUCGCCGAUUCACAGUGAACUUCGGCGACGUGUUCGUCGGUCCAGGCCUGGAGCCGCCCAGGGCUAGAGUGCUGCCGGAGUUCAAGCGGCUGGCGCACGGCCUCCGCUCCGGGAACAUCAGCGUGCUGGACGCGAAGACCUUCUACAUACCGAACCUGCAUUACGACGGCGCCGGCCCAGACGCCUACUUCUGGGUCGGCAACGGCACGGAGCCCAAUCCAUUUGGGACCAAGGUGCCCAACGAGAUGGGCUCCCUGAACCCAUUGCGCGGCUACCAAGGCGAGGACAUCGAGAUCCAGCUGCCGGGCAGGCUGACCGCGUACGACAUCGACUGGCUCGCCGUCUGGUGCGUGGAGUACCGCCACAACUUCGGCCACGUGUUCCUGCCCAAGGACCUGGACGUCCCGCCGGCCCUGGGCCAGACCAAGAUCACGCCGGCUUGGUGGUAUAAUCCCACCAGCUCGACAACAUCCCAGACGCCUUACAGCAACACGAACAACUGUAUGGAGGUCCUCGACAAGAGGCUCCAGGUCCGCUGGGAGGUCCAGGGCGAGCAGCUGCAAGUGCGGCUGGCGGCGAGGCUCAGGCCGGAGCACUACAUGGCCUUCGGCCUGUCGGGAGCUGAUGGUAGACCCGCCAUGCUGGGGGCGGACGUGGUGGUGGCCUAUUGGGACACCAAGACCAACCAACCGCGCGUGGCAGACUACUCGAUCAGCCAUCUGGCGCAAUGCGACGGCGAGAGGGGUGUGUGCCCGGACCAGAGGUUGGGCGGCAGCAACGACGUGGUCCUAGUGUCCGGCGAGCAGAAGGACGGUAUCACCACGAUCACGUACCGGCGGCCGCUCGGGGCCGUGGAGCCGACCCGGGACCGGGCCAUCCUCACCUCCAGGCCCCAGUCGGCGGUGGCGGCCUUCGGGCCCCUCAACUCGCGCCGCGAGGCGAACGCCCACUCCUUCAUGGACACCACCAGGGCCGACGUGCAGAUCGACUUCGGCGCCCAGAACGAGCACAGCUGCCUGGGGCUGGCGCCGGCGGCGGCCGGGGCGCCGGCGCCGUGGCCCCCCCGCAUCAUCGCGGGCCGCACCCGCAUGAGCGCGCGCAUCGGGCCCGCCGGCGGACUCAGGGGCUACACCCCCAUCACGGACAACGAUCUUGAUAAUGGAUAUUUACCGGGCCACCCCUCUUGGGGCAUAGCGUGGUAUAUUGACGAUCUGCUGAUACCGGAGAUAUACGUGGAGCGGGGCCAGACGUACACUUUCUUAGUGGAGGGCGGAGACGAUAGGACCAACCCCGCGAAGUUCCACCCCUUCUACAUCAGCGACUCCUCUGAGGGGGGCUUCGGGCAGAAGAGAGAGGAAGACCAGCGGAAGCAGCGGGUGUUCGCUGGCGUCGCUUACGACAACGAGGGCUAUCCCUACCCAACUGCUGUGGGCCGGUACUGCGAGUGGACCCACAAAACAGUGGACCAGUGGGCUUCAGCCGCCACCUUCGAGGAGUACAUGGCCACUCUCCAGCUGGAGUGCAACGAGGGGGAAGCGGCAGUUCUCAACUGGACGGUCGCACACGAGACGCCGGACCUGGUCUAUUAUCAGUGCUACACGCACAAUAACCUCGGCUGGAAGAUCCACGUGGUGGAUCCCGGCGCGCCGAUUCCGAUGCCCGGGGGAAGGGGCGCUGACCUCAACGCGGCGAACCAUAUCGCGCCCCACGCCGUGCCGUUGGCGCUACUGGCGAUCAUGGCGGCCAACAUGGCGACCAACAUGGCGGCCAACAUGGCGGCCAACAUGGCCGCCAGG